UAACAGGAACGAAGUAUGUGUUGCAUUUGCAUUAUGUUGAAGGGUGACCGUAACCAUUCAGGGCGGAUGGAGCGAUUACUGCACAAUCAAUUUAUCGACUCAAUCGGUGAUCUGUAUUUCGCCUGGCUGCCGCUAACAUGAGAACUUAUUGCCAUGUUGCAUUGUCCUAGCUAGUGUUUUACCUCUAAAUAAGCUCUUAAAUAUAUUUUCCUUCUCAUUUGGCUUGUAAGAAGUCUUUAAAAAUGUUAAGUUCUACUUGGAAUUUCAUCAAACGCCAUAAGAGGAAAUUCAUUUUUACGGGUGUUUUCGUUGGAGGUGUGUAUCUACUUGGUAAAUAUGCACAGAGAAAAAUUCAGGAGUUACAAGAGCGACAGGCAGCAGAAUACAUCGCUCAAGCUCGGAGACAGUUUCAUUUUGAAAGUAACCAGAGGACAUGUAAUAUGACAGUGUUAUCAAUGCUUCCCACUCUAAGAGAGGCAAUCCUAUAUCAUUUGAACUCAGAGAGCCUCACCUCUUUGCUGAAGACAAAGCCAGCCAAUAAGCUUGAAAUCUGGGAGGAUCUGAAGAUAAUUAGUUUUACUCGCAGCAUUGUGGCUGUUUACAGCACUUGCAUGUUGGUGGUGUUACUCCGAGUUCAGCUCAACGUAAUUGGUGGCUACCUCUACCUGGACAACUCAGUGACGAAAAAUGGAACGAACCCCUUGGCCCCUCCUGAUGUUCAGCAACAGUAUCUCUCAAGUAUUCAACACUUGCUUGGAGAAGGGCUUAUUGAACUUAUAACUGUGGUGAAGAAAGCUGUCCAGGAAGUUUUUGGGCCGGUGUCUCUGAAACAGGGUUUGUCUCUGCAAGAGUUGGAGCAACAGCUAGCUCAGCUCAGAGAGUUGGUGGAGGAGGGGUGUGCUUCCUCUAAACACAAAACUCUUUCCUGGUACAUGAUGCCUGAUGAAGAGAACACAUUAGCAUCACAGGCCUGUGGUCUCACAGAGAAUGAUGUCACAACGAUAAAGCUGCUCAAUGAAACCAGAGACUUGCUUGAAAGUCCGGACUUCAAUACUGUACUGUGUACAUGUUUGAAUCGAGGCUUCAUCCGAUUCCUUGACAACAUUGCAGAGUUCUUCCGGCAUCCAAAGGGAGACUCCACCCCUUGCACCUCACCCGAUAGAUUGUCACACAUAAGCCUCCCACUAGCCAAAAUCAUUCCCAUCAUCAACGGACAGAUACAUUCAAUAUGCAGUGAAAUUCCAAGUCAUUUUGUCCAGGAUCUUUUGAUGAUAGACCAAGUGAAGGAGUUUGCCGCCAAUGUAUAUGAAACGUUUAGCACCCCCCAAGAACUUCAGAAGUAAACACAGAAUUUAGAAAGUCAUGGACUUGUGCAAAAAAUGGAACUCUACACUUCAAACAGAGACUCGUCAGCACAGAAUUUCUCUCUUUACACAACCAUAUUCUAAAAUCAACCUGGGGAAAGAAUCUCACGGCUGAGCUGAGAGACAAGUGUGUAAUAUGGAGUUUACAUCCACUGUUUAGUAGACCUACAGUAUAGGGUAGCUUCUUGUGAUCUACUAGCUGUCCUAUCUGUCUGUCGAGACCUAACAAAACUGGAUAGUUGCAAAUAACUGUCAAUAAUAUCCCAGGCAUGUCAAGGUUUUUAAAGGCUAUAAUGAAAUGUAGUACAUUUUAUGUUUUUAAUAAAUGUAGCUUAAUCUCAUAUAACUGUCACAAACGGCAAACUGUAAAAUGUUAUAUUGGAAUGAUUAUCCUUGCAUUCACAACUGCAAUAUGGACUACAAAGUUGUAGAAUGAGUAUUUACUGUGGACUGGUUUUUUUAUUGACUGGUGAGAGGUGGUGCUUUGCUGCUGUCCGGGACGCAGCAGGGUGGCGUUUUAAACCUCAAAUGCGAUGUGUUUUUUGACUACCUCUGUGUGUUUUUUGUGAUCCAAUCUCAAAGCAUUUUGCACCUUGUUUACAACUAUAUUUGGCACUGACCAUUUACGAUUGGAUCAUUCGAAAUGCGUCUUAUUACCAGCUGUAAACAGGGUCUAAAAAUGACUGCAGCCAGAGCUAGGGAAUGCUGUAGAACAACUACCAGCAGAAGUCCCACCCACAAUCUGUUUCUCAGUAAGACCCUCAGGAAAAAGGUAGAUUAAAUCUUUGAAUCUGAUGUUGCAGCCCUUGAACACCCUCCACAGGACCAAAAUACCGUUUUGUCCACCUUUUGAACAACAUAAAUGCACAAUAUUUUGCACCCACUGUUACGAGACGCAAAACAACUUUACGUCUCCUUAAUAGCACUACUAAUGGGGAAUAAUUUUCAUUUGAAUUGACGUUGAUUUGGAAUCAAUCUCUGAAGAGGUUGUUUGUUUGAUUUUCUUUCUUUCUUUUUUUUUUGUGCCGACUCUUUAGAUAUAGUAUGAAUAUGCUACUCCUUUUGUAAGGUGACUUGUGAAUGUCAAUGUUCAUAAAAAAUAUAUGAAUAGAAAUACCAGAAAUAUUCAUUAAAA